GGCAGGCGGCGCCGGUGGCCGGCCUGGGCCUGGGCUCCGACACGGAGCUUCAGAUGGAGCGGCGCUUCGUGCCCGACGAGUGCCCGCGCGCCGUGCGCAGCGGCGACUUCGUGCGCUACCACUACGUGGGGACCUUCCCCGACGGCCAGAAGUUCGACUCCAGCUACGACAGAGACUCCACUUUCAACGUGUUCGUGGGAAAAGGACAGCUGAUCGCAGGGAUGGACCAGGCUCUGGUUGGGAUGUGCGUGAACGAGAGGCGUUUUGUGAAGAUCCCCCCGAAGCUCGCUUACGGAAGCGAAGGCGUUUCUGGUGUGAUCCCCCCAAACUCAGUGCUUCAUUUUGACGUUCUUCUGAUGGACAUUUGGAAUUCUGAAGAUCAGGUUCAGGUUCACACUUACUUCAAGCCCCCGAGUUGCCCUCGGACCAUCCAGGUGUCUGAUUUCGUGAGGUAUCACUACAAUGGGACGUUCUUGGACGGGACACUGUUUGAUUCCAGUCAUAAUCGCAUGAAGACAUAUGACACCUACGUGGGAAUCGGCUGGCUGAUUCCUGGAAUGGAUAAAGGGCUGCUGGGGAUGUGUGUGGGGGAAAAACGCAUCAUCACCAUUCCUCCCUUUCUGGCCUAUGGAGAAGACGGAGACGGGAAGGACAUUCCUGGACAGGCGUCUCUGGUGUUCGACGUUGCGCUGUUGGACCUUCACAACCCCAAGGAUGGCAUUGCCAUUGAGAACAAGGUAGUGCCUGAAAACUGCGAGCGCCGGAGUCAGAGCGGGGACUUUCUCCGAUACCAUUACAACGGCACGCUUCUGGACGGCACCUUCUUUGACUCCAGCUACUCACGGAACCGCACCUUUGACACGUACAUCGGGCAGGGCUACGUGAUCGCCGGGAUGGAUGAAGGGUUACUGGGCGUCUGCAUCGGAGAGAAGCGGAGGAUCGUGGUGCCCCCUCACCUGGGCUACGGGGAGGAGGGGAGAGGGAAUAUCCCUGGCUCGGCUGUGCUGGUGUUUGACAUCCACGUGAUCGACUUCCACAACCCUUCAGACUCCAUCAGCAUCACGUCGCACUACAAGCCCCCCGACUGCUCAGUGCUGAGUAAGAAGGGCGAUUACCUCAAGUAUCACUACAACGCCUCGCUUCUGGAUGGGACCCUGCUGGAUUCCACGUGGAAUUUAGGCAAAACGUAUAACAUUGUUCUGGGAUCUGGACAAGUCGUGCUGGGGAUGGAUAUGGGCCUCCGAGAGAUGUGUGUUGGAGAGAAGCGGACCGUGAUCAUCCCACCCCACCUGGGCUACGGGGAGGCUGGCGUGGAUGGAGAGGUGCCCGGCAGUGCCGUGUUGGUGUUUGACAUCGAGCUGCUGGAGCUGGUGGCUGGCCUGCCUGAGGGGUACAUGUUCAUAUGGAAUGACGAGGUGUCCCCCAACCUCUUUGAAGAAAUCGACAAGGAUGGCAACGGAGAAGUCCUUCUGGAAGAGUUCUCAGAGUACAUUCACGCCCAGGUGGCAUCGGGCAAGGGGAAGCUCGCUCCCGGGUUUGACGCUGAGAUGAUCGUGAAGAAUAUGUUCACCAACCAGGACCGCAAUGGAGACGGCAAGGUCACGGCCGAGGAGUUUAAACUCAAAGACCAGGAGGCCAAACACGACGAACUCUGAGCCUGACGCGAGCCACGUGUGUGACGCCAAGCCCCUGUCGCGGUGGAGCGGGCCGUGAGGGCGCGAGGGUCUCUCUGAAGGUGAAUUGUCUGCAGGCAGAGGGGUCACACAUCAAGGCUGGGGGGAUACACGUGAGGAUUUCAGGCCGAAUGCCCGUGACAUUAGACUAACUCGGUGCGAGGUGCCUCUGCCUGGGUCACGUAGCAUAUUGGAAAGGCCCUGCCCACCGCUGUCCUGUGGGCCUUCUGGGUAGUUUUGUCAUUGAAGGGAAAUAGUGUCAUGCAGAAGUCACAACCAUCCCGGAGGGAACAGAAGACAUCAAGUGGCCAGGCUUUCUACAUAGAGAAGAUUAAGAAAAAUUUUUUUUUAACUCACGGGUGUUUUGUAAGCGUUGUUCAGAUGGGCAGAAAAAACAAAGGGUGAACCCGAUGGGAUUCCCAGAAAGCCCCAGAAAACUCAGCGGCUGUACAGUCCCUUCAGGUGAGGCCCAGCCUCCGCCUCCCCUGCACACACACAGACACACACAGACACACGCACACACGCUUUUCUGGUUCAAUCACACCCCACGCCACUGUGGCCUCCGAUUGGCUGGGCAGCUUCAGUUAAACAGAAUCAGUGGACCCGACGAGAGGCAUCGGGGCCACGGGCAGACGGCUCGAUUCUGCGCCUGCCGCGUGAGACCGCCUGCUUCUCUGUCUUGCUCCGGUCACUACCCCGCAGUGCACUGACUGCUUUGAUCAGAUAGAUACGUGCAGGGCUGGCGGCCACGCCGAGCUCCAGGGCAUCUCCCUGUGGCCCAGGUGGACAUGUCAUUCCCAGCAGACGAGCGUAAACAAGGUGACAGAUUUCUGCCGCUCAUCUGUCCUGGAGGGGGGGCCCUGAAGCUCAGGGCCUCACUCUGCGUAGGGGAACAAGGGCACUACACCUGCCGGCCUGUCCCCGUGUCAUGCAGUGACCACUUUGCUGCCUGUGUCCUCUGUUCCCAACCAGUGGUAACCCAUGAUCUUCCUUCUGAAACGGCUUUAUGUUACUAAUUUAAACUGUUUUGUACUGAUGUAGCUCCGAGGGAGUCCAUGAAGACGCCAUGCACUCAUCCAAUUGAAUGUUGGAAAACUGAUCUUUUUGUGUAUAAAAUGUUGAAUCCUCUCA